CUUAACAUAGAUCAGUGUAAAGAUGAUUGUGAUGUGGAUUACAAUGUUCUUUCUUCAUCAAGGAUAUUCUCUGGUCCCAGUAAAAACCGUUCAGCUCGGUGAAGCAGCAACAUUAACAUGUGCUUUACCCAUUAAAGAAUUCGGCAGUAUAACAGUCCACUGGUACAAGCAGAGUGCUGGAGAUGGUCUUAAAUUAAUUGUGACAUUGUCAAAAUCAGCACCACCUGAAUAUAGUCCUGAAUUUUCUAGAAAGAGAUUUAAUGUGGAAAAUGCUAAUAAUGUUUGCAACCUGACCGUUCUGAAGACAGUCCAAGAGGAUGAGGGAAUCUAUCACUGUGGAAUAGCUGAGUGGAUGUAUCCCAUUCAGUGGAGUGAGACGUAUUUGUCAGUAAAAGGAAAUACUCAGAUGACAUCAAACUAUACUGUUGUUCAGUGGCCUCCAGUAUUAGACCCCCUCCAUCCAGGAGAAUCAGUGACUCUGCAAUGUUCAAUCAUCUCUGUCUUUGACAAAGCAACAUGUUCAGAAGAUCUUAGUGUCUUUUGGUUCAGAGCCGGAUCAAAUAAAUCGCAUCCAAACAUCAUCUAUACUCAUGGAAAUACACAUGAUGAAUGUGAGAAUCGAUCUGAGACUCAGAAGAGAUGUGUUUAUCGCUUCUCUAAGAACGUCAGCUCCUCUGAUGCUGGGACUUACUACUGUGCUGUGGACAUAUGUGGGGAGAUAUUAUUUGGAAAUGGAACUGCAUUGAAACUCGUGCAACCGGCACAAUCAGUAUUCACUCAAAUGCUAAUAUUAAUAGUUUGUUUGGCUAUUUCGGUCAUUGGAAAUGUGUUCCUCAUAUUCAACUCCAGAACCAUGUUCUCAACAACGAGCAGUGUCAUGAUGAUGGUGCUGUGGAUUACUUUGCUCUUUCUUCAUCAAGGAUAUUCUCUGGUUCCAAUAAAAAUCGUUCAGCUUGGUGAACCAGCAACGCUAACAUGUGCUUUACCCAGCAAUAAACAGCUCAGCACUUUGGAAGUCCACUGGUACAAGCAGAGUAUCGGGGAUGAGCUCAAACUGAUUUCAACACUGUAUGGAACUACACCACCUCAGUAUGGUCAAGAAAUAGUUAGAUCAAGAUAUGACGCAUGUAAUAAAAAAACAUUUAGCAAUCUGACCAUUUUGAAGACAGUCCAAGAGGAUGAAGGAAUCUAUCACUGUGGAAUCAUUGAAUGGCUUAAUCCUGAAUGGAGUGGGACAUAUUUGUUAGUAAAAGGAAACACUCAGAGGGCAUCAAACUAUACUGUCGUUCAGUGGCCAGCUGUAUCAGAUCCAGUCAAUCCAGCAGACACAACAGCUGUCCAGUGUUCAGUUUUCUCUGACUCUGACAACAACACAUAUGCAGAGGAUCGUGAUAUGUUCUGGUUCAGAGCUGGUUCAGACAAAUCUCAUCCUAGCAUCAUCUACACUGGCAGAAAAAGAAGUAAUGAAUGUGAAAAACCAUCUGACCUUCAGAAUAGCUGUGUUUAUCGCUUCUCUAAGAACAUCAGCUCCUCUGAUGAAGGGACUUACUAUUGUGCUGUGGCCACAUGUGGGGAGAUAUUAUUUGGAAAUGGAACCGAUCUGAAAGCUGGUAUGAUUUUUUGUUUACUACUGGAAGUCAAGGUUACCUAG